GCUUGUUCACACAUUUCGCCUUGUUCAUCAGUACGACAGGCAGAGCCGAGGGCUGACCGGGGGGAUACUCAGUGUACUACAUCGGUCGCUAAUUGCUCCAUCUGUGGACGGGUAGUAAAUUCUGCUCCUGCGCACCGACGCCGUGUGUUCGGGCAGAGCGGACAUCUCGCUACUCCUGCUCCAACUGCCUCACCAACUAGUUUCCUAAGUUGGAGAAAUUAAACUUGCGAGGGACAACUCUGAGGAUACGCGCGCACUCUUUCGGCUCAUUUUACGCGGCGGUUAUUACCACCGCCACUUUGUUAAAUAUUUUAUUUCUUUUCUCGUUUUUUUUUUUUUUUUUUUUUUUUUUUCACCCUGCGCGUAAAGGAGGAGGAACAGGAGGUGGACCCACGCUCAGUCGCCGGUCUCGUGUCUUCUUUGUAUACAGCAGCAGCUGUGUGUAAAUGCAUGGGCGCAGCGCGUCUGCUGCUCUGUGAGGGACAGCUUCCUGGGCUCAGUCCAACCUUCAUGCGGGGAGGAGAGGAAUAUCAAAACUUUACCUGUUCCCCGCUACCUUAGAGUACAUCGCAAAGCUUUGGGUCACUUCCACCGCCUCUUUCUCUCCCACUCGUCCCCCCUCGCUCUCUCUCUCUCUCCCUCUGUGUGUUUGUGUGCGCUUGGAUUGUAAACGGCAGAAACAAAUUGAGCUCCGUGCAGAGCAGGCUACAAGCUACAGCUGCGCGACUCCCCUCCACACAUCAUGGAUGUAAGAUUUUAUCCGACUGCUGGAGGGAAUUCUAUUCCCGGAGACCCUCCGAACCUGGAUUUUGCCCACUGUUUGGGCUACUACAACUUCAAUAAGUUCCAGAACAACAACAACUACAUGAACAUGGCCGAGGCGAACGGCGCCCUGCUUGCAGCUGGGGAUACCUUUCAUACGCCCAGCUUGGGAGACGAGGAGUUCGAGAUUCCUCCCAUUACACCUCCACCUGAGACGGAGUCCGGUCUUGGGCUGUCGGAAGUGGACUCGCCGUUCCCGGCGAUGCCGGAGCCCCCAGCUCCGCACAGGGGUCACUUAAUCCCCCAGUUCCCCCCACAGAGCCUAGACCUGCCCUCGAUCACCAUCUCGCGCAACAUGAUGGACCAAGAAGGACUGUCUGUCAACAACGGCCAGCCUGUGAAUGUGGGAGGGGCUCAUCUACGUCAGUACCCACCCAACCCGGCCAUGGUGAUGAAGUCCAUCAUCAGCAUGAACAGCCCCAACGGCAUGAUGUCGCGGAAUCAGCUGACCACCAUCAACCAGUCCCAGCUCAACACGCAGCUGAGCCUAAAUAUGGCCGGGCCCAACCUCACCCACACCUCCCCGUCACCGCCUGCCAGCAAGUCUGCCACGCCCUCUCCCUCCAGCUCCAUCAACGAAGACGACCAGGACGACGGCAACAGGGUCAUUGGGGAGAAACGACCAGCCCCCAUAGAUCCCACAAAGAAGCCCAAGACUCCGAAGAAGAAGAAGAAGAAGGAUCCCAAUGAGCCCCAGAAGCCAGUGUCGGCUUAUGCUCUGUUCUUCAGAGACACCCAGGCCGCUAUCAAGGGUCAGAAUCCUAACGCCACCUUUGGAGAAGUGUCCAAGAUCGUGGCGUCCAUGUGGGACGGUCUGGGAGAGGAGCAGAAGCAGGUUUACAAAAGCAAAACAGAAGCUGCCAAGAAAGAAUAUUUAAAAGCCCUGGCUGCAUACCGUGCUAGCCUGGUUUCCAAGGCUGCAGCAGAAUCGGCUGAGGCUCAGACUAUCCGCUCAGUGCAGCAGACCCUGGCCUCCACCAGCCUUUCCCCUGGCCUGGUGCUACCUUCACCCCUCAACCAGCACCCCUCCAUGUCUUCAGCCUCGCAGGCCCUGCAACAAGCUCUGCCCCGGGCCAUUGCCCCAAAACCUCUGCAGAUGAGACUAGGGGGCAGUCAGAUUGUGACCUCGGUCACGGUUUCCCACCAAAACAUGUCCCCCGGGAUGCCACCGCAGCUGCUCGGCCAGAUGGGCGCCGGAGGAGCCAUGGUGGCGGGUGCCCAGUCCACAGCGGUGUCUCAGAUGAGUCCACCCAUGCAACCGGCGCAGCAGCAUGCGAUGCAGCAGCUCCAGCAGCAGCAACAGCAGCAGAUGCAGCAGCACCUCCAGCACCAUCAGAUGCAGCAGCAGCAGAUGCAUCACCAGCAGAUCCAGCAGCAGAUGCAACAUCAGCAUUUCCAGCACCACCUCCAGCAACAGCUGCAGCAACACCACAUGCAGCAGCAACAGCAGCAGCAGCAGCAACAACAACAACAGCAGCAGCAGCAACAGCAGCAGCAGCAGCAGCAGCAACAGCAGCAACACAUGCAGCUGCAGCACAUGCAACUGCAGCAUCAGCUGCAUCAGCAGCAGAUUCAACAUCUCCAGCAGCAGCAGCAGCAGCAGCAGCAGCAGCACCAGUCACAGUGUUCCCCACCUCAGCACUCUCCUGGUACACCCCAUUCAGUGGGAGGCUCUGCGUCACUCGGCAGCCCCCAGCCAGCCCCGCAGCAGCAACCACACCCCUCCCAAAUCCAGGCCCAUGCCCAGGUCCUGUCCCAAGUCAGCAUUUACUGAGCCAAAUGGAAAUCCUAUCUCAAAGAACAGGAAUAGAAUAAAAGCAUCCUUUCACGUUGCUUUUCUAAGUUGCACUUAAGAAGUGUGUAAGAGUUAGAAUGUUAUACAAAGAACUUGUCCAUUGUUAUAGACAGAUAUGCACAUGCGUGUACAGGAGGAAACGUGUUAGCUGGGUUUUUUUGUCUAUAAAAUAGGCUGAGCUGUGACAGAGGCCUGUUAGGGCGAGCACCCAGUGAUUGUUUAUUUGUUUGUUUGUGAGGUCUUUCAGUUGUCAAUUUGAACUGAGCGGGCACACAAUAUGUUGAAAGACGUGUCUCUUUCACUGUUUUAUUUAACAAUAAAGCUUUAUUUAUGAGGCCAGAGUUGUCAGUUGAGCGCGGCGGACAUUCGGACAUUUUAAAUGCGAUUCAAAGGAUUUUUAUCAGCUCUAGCCUGGACUCAACGACUCGCAGGAUCCUCGCUGGAAACCAGUAACCCACACAUCAGUCUUUGUUCCCACACCGGCCAGUAUAUAGAAGACCUUCUCUACGCCCACUUUUCUGUUUCAUUCUUGCAGAUGUAACCGCUCAGAUCAUCACGUGGUGGAGGCCUGGUGAUAUUUGAACACAUUUUAACCAGUGUCACAAAUGCAGACGGCGUCUUUGAAGAACGAGGGGAACUGAAAAUAUAAGGUUCUGCGGAUGAACAGACUGAGACAGAAACUGCCAUAAAUCAUUCAUGUCAUCACAUCAUCAAGCUGUAGCUGUAAUCUGCUGUACAUGUUUUGUAGAGCGGGGAGAGAGGACUCCUCCUUUAUCCAGUAAUCUACCCUCCAGACAAUUUGCCCAAAAGCGUGUAACUGGCGACACUCCCACCCGCAACCCAACCACCCCCCCCAAAAAAUUCUUCUUUAAUCUAUUUGUUUUUACUCCAGAUGUUUAACAGUUAAAUUAUGUUUUUAUUUUGUGUAACAAAGGGGAUAUUUUAUGGUAAAUCCAAAUUUCCCGAUCAGGGCAGAUGGUUUGGGGAUUGGGGAUGUAUUUUUACUCUGCUCCUUGAUACUGUCAUUGUUUUAAAAAAAGAAAAAAAAAAGAAAACUAGCAGAGCCGGUUUGUUGCACUGCCAAAGCCAACUGAAAAGGCAUCGGAGGUAUUUUUGCCAGCUGUACAGAAGUCCCUGGGGAAAAAAAAAAAAAAAUAGAAAAUGUUGUACAUUUUUCAUAUCACCUGUUGUAAAGUUUUAAUAUGUGAGGCUUUAAUUAAAACAUUGUUAAACGACCUGUGGAUUGCUAUAUCACAUAGUGCAUUUCUGCUCUUUUAUACUUUUUUAUGAGUUACAAUAGCAGCGAUUCCUUUUGUUUGUAUUUUGCUUACAAACCAACUGCAUUUGAAAUCUGUCCAUGGAGUGAAAGCGUGUCGGUGUGGGGCUCCCGAAAGGUUGUUGUCGGCUCGCGACAGGAAAAAGGAAUUUAAUGUUGGAGACAUUCCAUCACUAAUAUGAUAGUAGCCAUAAUUUUGUAUGAAGUAUUAUAUAUUUCUUUGUGUCUGUUCAAAAUUAAAACUAUCAAUCACAAAUA